AUGGAGAUAUAUGGGGCGGCGGCCAUCUACCUCCGGAAACCUGAGAGGGAAAGAAUUGAGGCUCAAAGCAAACCCUUUGAUGCAAAAACUGCGUGCUACGUAGCAGAUGCCAAAGAGAUGUACUUGAAAGGUGUUAUCCAGAGUAAAGAAGGUGGCAAAGUCACUGUAAAAACUUUGGAAGGACAAACUCACCGUUUUCGGUUACCGCAACACGCGGGAAAACUGGCUUCCGCUGAUAUUGAGACCUACUUGCUGGAAAAAUCCAGAGUAACAUUUCAGCUGAAAGAAGAAAGGAGCUACCAUAUCUUCUAUCAGAUCAUGACCAACCACAAACCAGAACUUAUUGACAUGCUUCUCAUUACCACCAACCCCUACGAUUACCCUAUGAUCAGUCAAGGGCAGAUCACCGUCGCCAGCAUUGACGACAAGGAGGAGUUGGAUGCCACAGAUUCUGCCAUUGACAUUCUUGGGUUCAACAAUGACGAAAAAUUGGGCAUCUACAAGAUCACUGGUGCGGUGAUGCAUUAUGGUAACAUGAAGUUCAAGCAGAAGCAACGUGAGGAGCAGGCUGAGCCAGACGGCACUGAAGGGGGGGAACUUUGCUUGUUUACAAAGCCCCAUCAG